AGACAGUCAGCUGGGUAAGAAGACAAAGAGAGUCCUCCAAGCUCAGUACCUUCUCGUUCAACCGUCGAAAUCUCACAGCUAACGCCCUUCCUUCCAUCCAAAAUGCGCGAAAUAGUGCAUCUGCAAGCCGGACAGUGCGGAAACCAGAUUGGAGCCAAGUUCUGGGAGGUGAUCAGUGAUGAGCAUGGCAUCGACCCAACUGGCACCUACCAUGGAGACAGCGACCUGCAGCUAGACAGGAUCAAUGUGUACUACAAUGAGGCCUCAGGUGGGAAGUAUGUCCCCCGUGCCAUUCUGGUGGAUCUGGAGCCAGGCACCAUGGACUCUGUCAGGUCUGGCCCCUUUGGACAGAUUUUCAGGCCAGACAACUUUGUCUUUGGCCAGAGUGGAGCUGGAAACAACUGGGCCAAGGGCCACUACACAGAGGGAGCAGAGCUGGUAGACUCUGUCAUGGAUGUAGUGAGGAAGGAGGCAGAGAGCUGUGACUGCCUCCAGGGCUUCCAGCUCACCCACUCCCUGGGUGGGGGUACUGGCUCUGGCAUGGGCACCCUGCUCAUCAGCAAGAUCCGCGAGGAGUACCCUGACCGCAUCAUGAACACCUUCAGCGUGGUGCCCUCUCCCAAAGUGUCCGACACAGUGGUGGAGCCCUACAACGCCACUCUUUCUGUGCAUCAGCUGGUGGAGAACACAGAUGAGACCUUCUGCAUCGACAACGAAGCCCUCUACGACAUCUGCUUCCGCACUCUUAAGCUCACCACACCCACCUAUGGAGACCUCAACCACCUGGUGUCAGCCACCAUGAGUGGAGUGACUACCUGCCUUCGUUUCCCUGGCCAGCUCAACGCCGACCUCCGCAAACUGGCUGUCAACAUGGUGCCCUUCCCCCGCCUGCACUUCUUCAUGCCCGGCUUCGCCCCCCUCACCAGCAGGGGGAGCCAGCAGUACCGCGCCCUGUCCGUGCCUGAGCUCACCCAGCAGAUGUUCGACUCCAAGAACAUGAUGGCGGCCUGUGACCCUCGUCACGGCCGUUACCUCACCGUGGCCGCCAUCUUCCGUGGCCGCAUGUCCAUGAAGGAGGUGGACGAGCAGAUGCUGAACGUGCAGAACAAGAACAGCAGCUACUUUGUGGAAUGGAUCCCCAACAACGUGAAGACAGCUGUCUGCGACAUCCCACCCCGUGGCCUCAAGAUGUCUGCCACCUUCAUCGGCAACAGCACAGCCAUCCAGGAGCUGUUCAAGCGUAUCUCUGAGCAGUUCACUGCCAUGUUCCGUCGUAAGGCCUUCCUUCACUGGUACACCGGAGAGGGUAUGGAUGAGAUGGAGUUCACUGAGGCUGAGAGCAACAUGAAUGACCUGGUGUCUGAGUACCAGCAGUACCAAGAUGCCACCGCUGAGGAGGGCGAGUUUGAAGAGGAGGGAGAAGAGGAAGCCGCCUAAACCAUUCAGUCACUCAACUGCCAAACAGUCUAUCACUCCCCUCCGUCCUGUCCCCAAAACACAAUUUGAUUGAUUUAAGUUAAUGUUGAAGAAAAGGAAACUCAGAUUUGUGAUAAUUAAAUUAAUGUGCUCAAGCAUCUCUUCAGCAGUUCCCUUCAGUCUAAUUAGUGUCCUGUAAGGUUUUCAGUGCUCAUCCUAGAAGUCAGGAUAUUCUAACAUGAGGUUUCUUAUGAAAGCAGUAAGCUGUAACUCGAUUACUGGAUGUCUAAAUUGAAUUAUGUGAAUAAAUUAAUGAUGUGUUCCAA